AUGAAUUAAAAAUUAUUAGGAACUUAUAAUCAGAUCUAUCUUUAAGUCAUUAAAACCUUAUAUUAAUUAAUUGUUUCAUAUAUAUCACUUUCUAUUAAUGAUUUUAAUAAUCAUUAAGAUACUUUGUUAACAAAAAAUCAAAAUGAUGUCAUUGGUCUAAUUUCAAAAAGUAUGAUUUUUUUAUAUUUUAGUAUUUAUUUUAGAAAAUGGUAAUCAAUUGGAUGAGGCGUUAAAUUUUUGUGAGAUAACAUUAUUAGUUGAUAAUAUAAACUUACUUGCAAGAUAUCGAAAAAGUAGCUUAAAAAGUAAUAUUAAGGUGUUGAAUUACUUGAAUUAAAAUAAUUCGAAGAAGCCCUUUAAGUAAUUGAAGAAAUUUUUAAAAUUAAUAAAAAUUAUAAUGCAGGUUAUUUAAUUAAAGGUACAAAAACAUUUUUUUGAUAAUUUUAGGAAGGAUUUUAUAAAAAUAACAACGCUAUAAUGAAGCUCUAGAUUUUAUUAAUUUAUAUUUAAAAUUAGAUCCUAUAAAAUAAAUAGGUAAUUAUCACAAAAGUAGAAACAAUUAUUAAAAAAUUUAGGUUUACUUUUAUACGAUAUGAAGUGCUAUGAUGAGGCUAUUGUUUGUUUAGAUUAAUGUAUAAUUUAAUAUCCUAAAAGUGUAGAUCUCUAUAAAUAAAAAGAUAUAACUUUUUAAUUUAAACUAAACAAAAACCUUAUAUUAACAAAUUAAAAUUAGAGAAAUAGAAGAGCUAAAAUUAUAUGAAAAGGCUAUUUUUGCUAUGAUAUUUGUAUCAUUUUGAAACCAUAUGACUCUGAUAAUUAUUUAUAAAAGGGUAAGCAUAUUUUAUUUUUCACUUUAGGAAGUGCUUUAAGUUCAUUAAAGCGUUGGGAUUAAGCGAUUGAGAUGUGUGAAAAAUCAAUUGGAUUAGAUCCAAAUAAUGUUUACAAUAUUUAAAUGA